AUGACUCGUGACAUAACAAAAUGUCUUAGGGAGGACAGAGUCGAGGUUGGGUUCGCCGUCGGUUUAGGGCGGUACCGCCGGGUCAUGACCCUUUCAAUGGCGGGUUCCAACAGUUUAGGGAUGUGGGAGCUAUUGUGCGGGUUGUUGAACCCGCUUCAACCUUUACUCCUCAUGUAUCGACGGCUUGAAAAUGAGAUAGGACGGCUUAGCCGUACAAAAAUCAAACAACUUUCCUGCCAAAUUCCAUACAAAUUCACAUUCAAGUCGAUCGGCGACCGGUGUCUUCUCCGUCGUGAUCUCCGAUUAGAUAAAUUCUUGUUUGAUGGAAGAAGUGAAGGAAGUGGAAGUGAAAAUGGUGCAUUUGGGGGAUUAAGUACAAAGAAUGGAGCACCUGUUGUGGAUAAACACAUAGAUGUUUGUGAAAAAGAAGGAUGGAUCACCAUUCCACGCAAGGAACUUCCUGAUAGUUGGAAUGAAGAACCAGAUAUGCUAUCUUUUAAAGCUUUUGAUCGCCCCUUUGUUUUCCCAGGAGAACAGGUUCAUAUACUAGCAUGCUUAUCUGCAUAUAAACAAGACACAGAAAUCAUUACACCCUUCAAGGUUGCUGAAGUAAUGAGUAAAAAUGGCAUUGGCCCAAAUGCCAAAAAGCAAAAUGGUGAGGUCAAUGGGUCCCCUGUUUCUGCAGUUACAAGUCCUGAUGCACAUGGUACAACUCAAAAUGCUAAUGACAUUUUGGAUGAAAAGACUGACCCAAAAAAGGAUCUUUCCACUGGUGAAUCUCUUCUCAGAAUGCAAGAUCACAGAAGACAAACCGAAAUGAUUCUGCAGAGAUUUAGGAAUUCCCAUUUUUUUGCUCGAACUGCUGAGUCAGAUGAGCCACUUUGGUCAAAAAGAAAAGCACAGGAAACGUUUAGAGAAUCAACAGAAAUGAUUGGAGGGAAGUUUACUACAUAUGAUGUGGAUUCCAACAAGGGUUCUGAUAAGAAAGCCCUUUUGAAUACUUCAGUUGAUAGAGGAAGUCUUGAUGGAAGUACUUCUGGUGGAGUUGCAAGAAAUGGAUUUAAAUGUAGCUCAUUGGCUAAUGGAGAUAUAGUGGUGCUUUUACAGGUAAACAUUGGUGUAGACUGUUUAAAAGAUCCAGUUUUAGAAAUCAUUCAAUUUGAAAAAUACCAAGAGAGCACUCUAAAUCACACAACUACAGAAUCCCUAAUUCCCUCAAAUCAAGAUCCAUGUGGAGAUUUAUUAAAAUGGUUACUGCCUUUAGAAAAUUCCAUUCCCUCUCCAUCUCCUUCAUUAACUCCCCCUCAAAUGAACUCUUCAAGCAUCCGUACCUCAUCAACAAAAGUCAACCCUUCCGCGACAUCAGCAUCCCCUAUUUUCUCAUUUGGACACUUCAGAAGCUAUUCCAUGUCAGCAAUUCCUCCUAGUGCUGUUCCUGUCUCACCCUCUAGCUCUAUGUCAAGCAUUGACUUAGAAGACCAGGAUCAGUUCUCAAGUAGAAAGUCAAAGGAUGAGAAAAGUGAAGGGAGAAGGUGGAGGAGAAAAGUGGAAAUUAUCCAACCUGUUGAGAUCUCUUCUUUUUCUGCUGAUUGUAAUACAGAAGACCUUCUUUGUGUUCAGAUAAAGAAUGUUUGUCCUGCACAUGUGCCAGAUAUUGUAAUAUAUUUGGAUACAAUAACAAUUAUACAUGAAGAGGCUUCCAAAGGUGGACCUCCUUUAUCUUUACCAAUUGCAUGUAUUGAAGCAGGAAAUGAUCACAGCUUGCCAGAUUUAGCCCUCAGGAGAGGAGAAGAACAUUCCUUCAUUCUAAAACCUGCAACUUCAUUAUGGAGGAACAGUAAAAGUCAAAGUGAUAGGAAUCUUCGGUCAACACAAUCACAUUUUGGACAAGCAACAUCAAGUGGUCAUGUAGAACGUGGUGAUAAGUAUGCAGUUUUAGUAUCAUGUCGCUGCAAUUAUACUGAAUCUAGGUUGUUCUUCAAACAACCAACAAGUUGGCGGCCACGUAUGUCAAGGGAUCUGUUGAUCUCAGUUGCAUCUCAAAUGUCAAGGCCAAAUCUUGGUUCAGAUGAACGAGUUCUUCAAUUACCUGUGCAGGUUUUGACACUGCAAGCUUCAAACCUGACAUCUGAAGAUCUGACACUAACAGUGCUUGCUCCAGCCUCCUUUACUUCUCUCCCAUCUGUUGUCUCCUUAACUUCAGCACCCGCAACACCAUUAAGCCCAGAAGAAAAGUCAACAAAAGUCAACGUUGACAGACACAAUAUUGCGAUGAAGAGACUCAGCUCAGCUUUAAUAGAAAAUCAAAGACGCAAUGAUGAAAUUGGGCGUCAAACUGGCAUUGGAGCUUUCUCUUUCAAUGAGCAACCAAUUUCCAUCACUGAUGUGCUUCCAAGAAGUGAUUUGGGAUGCACACAUCUGUGGUUGCAAAGUCGAGUUCCAUUAGGGUGUGUUCCUUCCAAGUCUACAGCUACUAUUAAGCUUGAGCUACUUCCACUUACAGACGGGAUUAUUACCUUGGAUUCUUUACAGAUUAGCGUUAAGGAGAAAGGUGUAACGUAUAUCCCGGAGCAUUCCCUCAAGAUAAAUGCAACAUCCAGCAUAAGUGCUGGAAUCCUCUAAGUCUCGGAACACAAUUCAUAUAUACUCCAGUUCCAAUCCGGAUGGAUGUGAAGAUCAUUACAUGCUACUCUCAAUAUAUAUGUAUCUGUGAUUGAAAUGUAGUGUCUAUUUUUGUUUAAGGAUGAGUUUAUAAAAAGUUGUUUUUUUUUUUUUUAAAAUGUAUGUGUUGACGGAAACAGAAAAAAAAAACCCUCAAUUGGUGUGUGGAAUCCAAAGAAAUACCUGUACAUUUGUGUUUCGGAAAAUGUUUGUUGGACAAAUUUUUAUAUAUUUUUACUGUGUUCAACAUUGGAACAGAUAAUUCAUAGGCUGGAUAUGAACUUGUUCUCACUCUUUUAUUUGUGUAAAAGACGUUGAUGUCGUUAUCUAUUCGUG